AUGGAUUUUCCAGUUUUCGAAUCGCACUCCAAAAUUCCACCCAAAUUCUACGGCUUCCACACCUUUGCAGAGCCCGGCUGCCCCAUUUCUCUCACCGGUGCCUUCCGAGACAACAUUCGCCGCUUCCUUCAAGAGUGCGCCUCCCUCGAGGAUCAUGACCUCGCCGGGAUGCCGAUUUGGCGCACGUUUCUGGUCUACGAGAGUAAAGGCACGGUCAUCCCCCUUUACACCGUCGAAGAAAAGGUAGAGGAUUCUGACCGGCCAUUCUGCGAUUACUGCCGCUCGGUUGGAUGGAGCCAUCACUUCGUGUCGAAGAGGAAAUAUCACCUGAUAAUUCCGGCGAACGAGGAGUGGGAUGAUCCGAUUGAUGAAGGCGUUUUUGAUCUACAAACUCACCUCUUGCACGGCUUGAUCCAUUGCAAUGGGUUUGGCCAUUUGAUCUGUAUAAAUGGGAUUGAAGGUGGUUCCAAAUUCAUAUGUGGUAGAGAGAUAAUGGAUUUAUGGGAUCGUAUCUGUAUGACUCUUAGUGUUAGGCAAGUUACAGUUGAGGAUUUGUCGAAGAAGCACAAAAUGGAGCUUCGGUUGCUGCAUGGAGUUUCCUAUGGUCACUCCUGGUUUGGUAAAUGGGGUUACCGGUUCUGCCAUGGGAGUUUCGGUGUAAAGGAGCACAAUUAUGAAAGUGCCAUCAAUCUGCUCAGCUCGUUGGAGCUUGAUAGAGUAAUUCAGAAAUUCAGUUGUGUGAAGGCAGGCUUUGAUCUACAGCAGAUGAUCCAGUAUUAUAGAAACAUGGGUGGGAACAAUUUGGUUACAGUUAGAGACUUGUUCAGAUUCAUGUUCACGGUAAAGUCGACAACUCCAACCACAAGAUAUUCCACCACAGUUGCAUCAUGGCCUGAGAGAAAUAAAGUCACUGUCACUACCCAUAUCAGAAGAUGUUCAUCGAAGUUCCCUACUAAGCUUGCUCUCACGACCAGCUCGUUCAGAAAGGAGAAGCCCACAAAGUGCAGAAAAUUCUCCAAUGUUGCUGCGAAGAUGGAUAGUAGAUGGCCGGUUAGAAGGCUCGAGCACGUUGCAGAGGUCAUUGCUGAAGCACUGAAGGAGAAGCGAGCAGCAAAAAACACUGGCAGCAGCGGGAUGACUAGGCAAGAGGCGCGUGAUGCAGCACGCCUCCACAUUGGUGAUACGGGGUUGAUAGAUCACGUCCUCAAGGCGAUGAACAAUGUCAUUGUCGGGGAUCACAUUGUGAGCCGUUCAGUGAACAGAUCCACGAAGGUGCUCGAGUAUACGAUUCAAGAUCUCAAGUGUGAUGAUGAGAAACUGUUUUGCCCCUCAAAAAUUGAGAAGCCGGUUUGGACAUGUUGUCUUGGUCCCGGGAGGAGCGUCUACAAUGACAUCGCAUACCUAUAUAAGAAUGUGUUACUCGGCUAUCCAGAGUGUGAAUCUGUGGAAUCUGCUGCUCAGAUAAUUCUUCACAGUAAACACUUUGUUAAGGAGUUCCCUUUUAGGGAUGAUGAUGCUGAGUCAUUGAUGUUCAUUUGCAUACUGAUUUUGAGUUCGGUUGAUCUCAAAGCCGAUCUCUCUUAUGAAUUCACAGCUAUGGAGCAUGUCGAUGUUCCACUAUAUGCUACAGUAGGUGAUCUCAAGAUGGCGGUGGAGGAUGCGUUUCGUGAUACAUACUGCGUGCUGGAAAGGCUACAAGUGACAGACAUUUUGGAGCUUGAAGAAGUGGAGGAUGGGGAAGUCCUGUUUGGGGUCGUUCAGUCGGGGAUGGAGCUUCAUGUGAAGGGACAUGGAUCGGACAUGGAGAGUAGCUUGAGAUACGAAGGCGGGACAGAGAGCUGGACUGUAAGAUGCAAGUGUGGGGCGAGAGACGAUGAUGGGGAAAGGAUGGUUGCCUGUGAUAUAUGUGAGGCGUGGCAGCACACGCACUGCUGUGGCAUCGGAGAAGCUGAGACCGUGCCAAGGCUGUUCGUAUGUGAGGCGUGUUGUACCUCACUUGUAACGAUGCACAGAACAUGUGGCUCGACUAAUGACUACGAGGCGUGUGAGGGCUCCUUUGUUGAAGAGUCAUUUGCCUGAGUAGGU